AUGGCUACCCCAGGAACUCAAUAUAUGAUGCAGGUCGGCUUGGCCUCCGGCAUGUCCGCAACAGAGGGUAUACAUUCGCCGCACCCCAAGCCCGUGGACGUUGAGUCCAGUGAUCCAGCACAUGUUCUACCUGGAGAUAUCAUACCAGAUUCCCAGAGUCGAAUUGCUCUACAUGGACACAGAGGCAAAGACGUCCUCAUCCCGUACAUGAGUAUUGGUACGUGGGCAUGGGGCGACAAGGCCACAUUCGGAUACGAUCCGACCAUCGACCUUCCUAAAAUCCACCAAGCAUGGGGUAAAUUGAAGGAAGUUGGCCUAACAUUUGUGGAUACGGCACAGUCUUAUGGUGACGGUGAAAGUGAGCGGAUCUGCGGUACGCUGUUCCAGGGCAUGCCGCGCAACUCGUUCAUAGUGCAGACAAAAUGGCACUCGACUGGAAACUUGAGCAGCCUGCUCCUUCAAUCACGUGGACCCAAGUCCAAGCUCAAUGGGUCACUCAAGCGCCUCGGUCUCGACUAUGUCGACAUCUACCUGGUGAAUGGGCCCAUCCACGCCGGCCUGAUCUCCUCGGUUGCAGAGGGUCUGGUGGAAUGUGUAGAGUCCGGAAUGGCUCGAGCGGUGGGCGUAGCCAACUACGACACGCGAGAAAUGAUUCAGAUGGCGGAUGAGCUGGCCAAGUCCGGAAUACCCUUGGCCGUGUCCCAGUGCGAGUACUCGGUCAUUCGCCGUCUUCCGGAAACUAGCGGGAUGAUACGUGAGUGCCGCCAGCGCGGCAUCUGUUUCCAGGGUUUCGCAUCGCUCGGCGAGGGUCGAAUCUCAGGUAAAUACUCGCGAUUUGAGGAACCUGCUCGCACCAGACGCUUCAGUAGCUACCCUAUGCAUAUGCUCGAACCCACGAUCGAAGUCUUGAAGAGCAUCGCUGAGGAGCGACGGGUGCCUGUCCCAGCAGUGGCGCUUAAUUACUCCAUCAACAAGGGCGUUGUUCCCACGGUCGGAGUUCGCGACGCGGAGCAAGCGGAACAGAACAUGCGGGCGUUAGGCUGGAGAUUAACAGUAGCCGAGAUACGUCGGAUUGAAAAAGUCAGUAUAGAAGGUAACACAUCUGCGCUCUUGCAGCACGGUUAG